AUGAAUCUCGAGAGUGCAAAAAGUGCCCCGAAAAGACACGCUGGCCCUGCGGGCUCUGCGGGCUCUGCGGGCUCGGCGCUUGGAUGCUUCGGGAAGCCGCCCCAGCGACCGAAGCGACCGCAGUCCGCAGUCGGCUCUGCAGUCGGCUCCCUCGCCUCCCGAUUGCUGCUUCUACCACAGGUUUCCAACCUGGAUGCUCGGACACGAGGAGUUCGUGUAGAGGCCGUCGGCCUGAACUUUUUUGAUCUUGUGCAAGUCCUUGGGGCAAUGCCUUCCUUCGUCGCAGGGCAGUUUGCCAGAGGCCACCAGCACUCUGUUGGCAUCGGAUGCGACUUCGCGGGUGCUUUGCGUGCUGGGGAUCAGGUUUUCGGUUUGGCAGGGAGUCCCGGAACUCUGGCGCAGCUUCUGCCAAACAUUCCAACAUCGGCGCUCCGGCCGAAGGGUGUAUCCUCUGAGGAGGCAGCGGCACUGCCAGCAGUUUUCCUCACGGCUAAAGCAGCACUCAACUGGGCGCGUCUUUGUUGUGGCGAGCGCCUGCUCUUGCACGCGGCUUCCGGCGGCGCCGGGCUGGCAUUGCUGGCCGCAGCUCGGCGACGUGGCCUUGGAGCGGGUAUCCUGGCAACGGCUGGCAGUUCCAAGAAACAGUGCUUGCUUCGUCUACGUGGCAUCUGCCAUGUCACGUCUUCGCGGGAGUCUAGGGCCAGCUCAGCAGAUCUGAGAUGGGCCAUGGGGGAAUUUGAUGGAGUCACUCUCGUUGUGAAUUGCCUGACCCACGACGACUACGUGCCCAGAGGAUUGUCCCUGACCGCGCCGGGUGGGCGCUUCCUGGAGCUAAGCAAAGCCUGGUCAACGCAGGCAGUUUCUGCCUUCCGGCCCGACUUGCUCUCGGCGGUGCUCCUCAUCGACCGGCGGGCUGCGGAGGCGCCUGUCACUCUUCUUGCAGAUCUUCGAGCUGUCGCCCACGGCAUUUCCGCAGGCGAGCUGCGCAUGCCGCCCAUCAAGACUUACAGCUUUCCGGACCAGGUGGGUGCCGCUUUCCAGGUCCUCAAGCAAGCCAAGCAUGUCGGUACCAGAGAUGCAGCUGCACUCGGCGCAAUGCCCCGCAGCGUCGCUGGCAGGCAUGCAGCAGAACUUCUUAAGCACCGGAUGCUGCCUGCUGAAGUCAUCAAGGUUGAGGUAGGAGUGGUAGUCGCUGUCCCACCGCCCAUGUCAAAUGGAUUGCACAGCCACAGGAUCGGAGGGGAAGGGGGGCUGGACUAUCUGAUCGGGGCCAGUGCCCAUCUGUUGGUCUGGGGUGGUCUACAGUUGGGUGCACUGAGCCCCGUCCUGACGCUCUGUCUCUGGAGGCUUGACUGGAGGGCAGGCUUAUGCUUUCUGGCCCUGGCGCUCUUCACGGUCCUCUGUCCUGCACGACACUCCAAGCACUUCUGCCGCUUCUACCUUAAGGCAGCAUCGACGGUGGGCGGAGCCACAGCCUGGGUUCCGGAGGAGAUCAUGCAGCUCUUAGAAACCCGUGGCUAUUUGGUGUGCUUCCACCCGCACGGCGUGCUACCCCUGGGAUUUAGUUUCAACGCGGCUCUCCGUGUCAAGGCGCAACAGCCGGAGAUUUACCUGCCGGAGUCCUUCCAUUUCCCGGAGGACUGCGAUGGGGUGCAAGCGCCUGUGCUUUGGCGCCUUCCUUUCUUCGCACCUAUGCUGCGGAUGUGGGACUGCUGCACACCAGCGACGAAGGAGAACAUGAAAAAGUUGCUGGCAGCCAGGAAAGCCUUUGGCAUCAUUCCUGGGGGAAGCGAGGACGUCGCCAUCCACGAGCAUGGAAAGGAAAAUGUUUACAUCAACUCUCGGUAUGGCUUCAUCAAGUAUUCCUUGCAACAUGGAUAUUGCCUGGUUAUUGCUUAUACGUUUGGAGAGACCGACCAGUACCACAGCCUCACCUGGCUGAGGCCCUUGAAUUUGUGGCUGGUGAAGACCUUUGGCUUCGUGGUUCCGGUUUUCUGGGGCAAAACCUUCUGUCCACUGCUGCCUCGCGGUGGCGGUUUAAAUACCGUCUACGGCAGAGCAUUACACUUGCCAACGAUCCCAGAUCCAACACUUGAAGACCUCGUCCACUGGCAUGGGGUGUACGUGGAGGCACUGGUCGCGCUUUUCGAUGAAUACAAGAGCCGGUUCGGAUAUGGUGAUCGAGAGUUAAGAUGUUUCUGA